UUCAAAUGGGCAGAGUCGAAUAUCCUGUCCAUCUCAGCAGAACACCUAAAAGGGGAGGAAAACAACCUAGCGGACUGGCUAAGCCGCAAGGCAUUGGAUCCAGGAGAAUGGGCACUGCACCCAGAGAUCUUUGCCCAGAUAUCGGAUCGGCUGGGAACUCCAGCGGUGGACCUCUUCGUGUCCGACCACAACCAUCAACUGCAGCGCUACUUCACCAGGUACCAGUCCCACAGAGCAGAGGGAACGGACGCUCUACUUGCCCCUUGGCCAAGGGGUCUGAUGUACGCCUUCCCUCCGAUCCCCAUAAUCAUGAAGGUACUCAGGAAAGCGAUUCAAGAGCAGGCGGAUCUCAUCUUGGUGGUGCCGCACUGGCCAAGACGCCCCUGGUUCUCCACAAUAGUCGAGUUUGCAGUCGAAAAGCCAUGGUUCCUACCGCAACGACACGACCUCCUGCAACAGGGCCCAGUGUAUCACCCAGACCCCAACUGGUUGCAACUGAGCGCUUGGAGGUUGAACGGUCAGAUUUAGCGGAUCGUGGAUACACAGACUCUGUAAUACACACUAUUUGGGCGUCCAGAAGGACCUCCACGCAACGCAUUUAUCAAGUCACCUGGUCAGCCUUUUCCAAAUGGGCGUUCCGGAACGGGGUAAACCCCUUGCACGCAGGGGUUCCGGAAGUCUUGAGAUUUCUGCAAGAAGGACUAAAACUACACCUCCAUCCAUCCACAUUGCGCAGACAGGUCUCGGCCCUGUCCUCUGUUCUCAAUAUCACCUCAAAGAACAAACACGACCUGCAUCCUCACAUUACCAGGUUCCUUAGAGGAGCCACUAAUCUUGCUCCACCUGUGCUUCGGCGUUUCCCAACUUGGGACCUCAACAAGGUGCUGAAUGCUCUUCCCAAGCCACCCUUUGAGCCCAUCACAACGAUUCCACUGAAAAACCUCUCUUACAAAGUCCUGUUUUUAGUGGCUAUCACCUCAGCUCGAAGGGUUUCCGAGAUGGGGCGCUAUCAUCCAGAAAGGAAUUUUGCACUUUUCAGGAUGACGCGGUUAUCCUGAGACUUGAUGAAACCUUUUUACCUAAGGUCAACUCAGUAUUUCAUAGGUCUCAGGUUAUCGUUCUCCCUUCCUUCUGCCCCUCACCUGGCCAUAGGAGGGAGAAAUUAUGGCACAAAUUGGACGCCCGCAGGGCAUUGCGUAUUUAUCUUAAAAGAACCAAGGAAUUUCGAAGAACAGACGCUCUAUUUGUCUCUUUUCACCCCCACUCCAUGGGUAAAAAGGUCUCGAGUUCUACCCUAGCCGGGUGGAUACGAGCUUGCAUAAAAAUGGCUUACUUGGCCUUACACCUGAGCCCACCGGGG